AUGGCCCGGACUAAGUUUAAGUGUCAAUUUGUUAUUUGCGUCUACUUAAUUAUUGCGGGAUCUGUAAGAUCUCUUCCGAUUCCAUUAUCGUCCUUAGAAACUAAAGACAGUGUAUACUCCAAUGUAUUGCGAGAAGUCACAUUUGAAACAGUUAAUGCAUAUGAAAAUAAAAGUGAAAUGAAAACGGAUGCAAAGCUACCAGUAAAUAGAACAAUACCGUUAUUGGAAAGAUCUAGUUUGAGACCGGGCCAAAGUGCGAGCCGUUACAGUAUUCAAAUCACAAGAGAUGGAGACACUUUUAAUGGAAGGGCCGUUAUUGAUAUUCAGCUAACUGAUGCGUCAAGAUCAAAUGCAAUGUUUUUCAAUAUGGUAGAUUUAGAAGUUUCUAGAGUUCAAUUAGGUGUAUUGACAGAACAAGGCGCAAUCGAUGCGAACUUUUCCUAUCAAGAAGAACAACAAAGUUUGCGAAUUUCGCCACUGCCGGGUGAACCUACCUCAUAUGUGGCUAUCAUUGAGUACCGUGGAAAUAUACGGACAGAUGGCAUCGGGCUAUAUAGAGGACAAUACGGUGACGCAGAUUAUAUAGGAAUGAACCUUCAUUCGACAUACGCUAGACGAGUAUUUCCUUGUCUUGACGAACCUAAUCUGUCCGCAAUGACAACUUUCACGUUUGUGGGUUUUGAUCAUGAACAUAUUUUAUCUAAUUCUUUACCAGAGGAAAAUCAAACAGAAGGGAUGAUCAUGUUCCGGCCUUUAGAAGCUCCUAAUUAUCUCUGGGGUAUGGUAUCACAUAACCUACAGAUAGCCACGCAAUUAGCUCAAUCAAGGGUGCUUUUAUACGUUCGUCCCGAUAUUCAAAAUCUGUUUAACCUAGCUUCAGUUAUCUUAACAAAUUUUUAUACUACUUUAAAUGAAUGGACAAACCAGCCUCACUCAGAAAUUGUACAAAAUCAAGAUCCAACUUUGCACGUGAUGGCUGUACCAGAUAUAUCAAGAGAUUCGUACGCCUUAUCGACUGUGUCUAUUUGGGAACCUUACAUUCUAACUGAAGAAAAUGGUUCAAUAACGCAGAAAAAAUUAAUUUUUGUUAAGACAGCCGAAGCUCUUGCGAGACAAUGGUUUGGAUACAUAAUACGUAUAGAAAACUGGCGAUAUCAGUGGAUCACGUCUGCUCUAACGAGUUAUGCAGCUUAUGAAGUUGUAAAAAACUUUCAAACUGACGAUGACCCUUUAAGUAUCGAUAUGGAUUCGGUAUUUACAACGGAUGUUAUCCAAGAAAGUCUUCUUCAUGACUCUUACAACAAUGCUCAACCCAUACAAUUAUCUGUAAACAUUUAUGCCGAAGUCGAUAUUAGACAACAUAUAAAUGGGAUAUUGAAAUACAAAGCACCAGCUAUAUUGAGAAUGGCUAGAUUAAGCCUUGGUCCUGCUGAAGACGAAACUGAUUUUAUACAAGUUGCUGCAAGAACUCUACUAAAUACUAGAGCCUUCGUUCCUAUUACUUCACAAGGCUUUUACGAUGCAGUUCAAAGUGCAGGCGUAAACCAAAAUAACUUCAUAUCAUCCUGGGUUACGACUCCUGGUUACCCUAUUCUUAGUGUUUCAUUGGGCAAUGGAGUCAUAAAUUUAAGACAGAGACGUUUCGGUUAUUCGUCUGUGCCCCAAAGGGUGUAUAACAUUCCGAUUACAUUUACAACAGGCUCUGAGCCACAAUUUGAUAACCUUCAUGCCACAACGAUUAUGGACAACCCUACCUCAACAAUUAAUUCUGAUAUAGGCGAGGAAUGGGUUAUAAUGAACUUACAAGGGCAGGGUUACUACCGCGUCAACUAUAGUCCAGAUUUGUGGGAAAGAAUCAUUCUUGCUUUAGAAGAUCCGGAACAAAGGCAAGAAAUACAUUCGUUAAAUCGUGCUUCACUAAUUGACGAUUCUUUCAAUUUGGCUCGUGCUGGUGAACUCGACUACGACAUUGCACUUCGCAUCGCACUUACUAUGGAAAACGAAUUAGAUUACGCUGUUUGGCGUGCGUUUGUUAGAAAUAUAGAGUUUUUGAAAAAACGACUUAUUCCAUUUGCAUCAUCUAGUGAUGACCUAGAUGACACUAUAUUUUUAAGAUUAAUAACAAGAAUCAUCACCUUAGUCGAAGAAGAAUAUGGUUUUGGGCCAUAUAACCCACUAGAUCCGCCUAUGAAUAUUCUCACCAGAGGUUUAGUGAUGGAUUUUGCUUGUCGUUCUGGAUACGAACCUUGUAUCGCCGCUGCGGUAGACUUGUUUUAUGACCCUAACGAUCUUGAAGCCAUGAAUACGAAUAUACCACAUGAGUUAAGACCAGCAGUAUACUGUACUAUGGUUAUGGAAGGAGAUGAAAGUGUAAGACAAGCCCUUAUAGAUCACAUGUCAAAUGAAAAUUCCAAAUAUGAACGUCUUGUGAUACUUCAAUCCUUGGCCUGUUCACAGGACUUUAGUUUUAUUAAUGAAUAUCUUCUUGACACGAUAGAGGCAAAUAAUAACCAAUAUGAUUUAGCGGAAAGAAUAAAGAUAUUUGAAGCGGUAGCUUCUUCGAGUGCAGAUAAUGCUCGUCUAGCUUUAAACUUCCUACGUGGCAACACUGACGCUAUAAGAACUAUGUAUGGGGGCCCUGAAAAACUUGAAGAGGUCCUUUAUAUUAUGGCUGAAAAUUUGAUCACUGAAGAUCUUUAUAAUGAAUACGCCAUUUUGACCGAUUCUGUAUCAGUAGUAGACAGUUUAAGUGAUUCGCGCGACCUAGCUUUAAGGUUUCUACAAAAUGCUAAUGAAAACAUGCAAUGGAACAAUAACCAUCUUCAGGAGGUUUACGACUGGAUUGAUUUAAAUCACGCACCUACUAUAUUUGUAUCUUCAUUAUUAAUGACAUUGUCUUUGUUAAUUACUUUCUUUAAUAAUUAG